UGGAGUUGGGUUACCUUAUCCUAUCCUAGAUUUCUCUUCUUUUCGUCUCAUCUCUAGCUACUCUCUGCUUCACUUCAUCAUUUAAUAGCUAGGCUCAACAAAGUACUAGUCCAAGAAAUCGAAGAAGAAGAAGAAGAAGAAGAAGAAGAAGAAGAUCUCUCUCAUUAACUACCCAUAUCUGCUAGUAUCUCUGAGUUAUAAUAUCUUCAUCUACAUCUCUCCCCUCUUAAUAUCUCUAUGUGUAUACAAUAUAUAUAUACGUACACACCCACCAUGUAAAAGCAGAAUUCGACCCCUCUCUCUCUCUCUCUCUCUCUCUCUCGGGUGCUGUGCUUCGAAUUGUUUCUUGAGAAUUUGAAUUGAUUCUGAUUUUAGAAACACCCAUCACCUUCUUAGCUCUGAAUCAAAGAAUUUCGAUGCUAUUCCAUCUACAAAAGCAAGGGGUAGCUUAUUAGAUAAGUACAAUUUGUAGCAUUGUUAUUGUCGUCCAAAUUGGAUUGAAAUAACGUAAAUUCAGAUUAGAAGAAGUUUGGGCGGCACAAUUAAUGGCUCCUAAGUCAGGAAAAUCAAAGCCGCACAACAAAGCCAAGGGAGAGAAGAAGAAGAAGGAAGAGAAAGUUUUGCCGACAGUAAUUGAAAUUACAGUGGAAACCCCGGAUGAAUCGCAAUUGACACUCAAGGGUAUAUCAACGGACAGGAUUUUGGAUGUGAGGAAGUUAUUAGCGGUACAUGUGGAAACAUGCCACGUGACAAACUUCUCAUUAUCCCACGAGGUGCGAGGACAAAGGCUGAAAGAUUCGGUGGAGAUUGUGUCCCUCAAACCAUGUCACCUUACCAUGAUCGAAGAGGACUAUACGGAAGAACUGGCCGUUGGACACGUCAGACGACUCCUGGACAUCGUGGCGUGCACCACCUCCUUUGGACCGUCCAAGACAACCGGUCGAGCGAGCCCAAAAGAAUCCGGUCCGAACGAGAACGAGGGCGGUCCGGAAAGCGCGGGCUUUGAAUCCAAUCCGAAAACCGCGAAAGACGGUGGGGCACACAGAGGAGCGCCGAAUGGGCCCAAGUCGCCGAGGCCGGACGGCGGAGGAAGAGACGCGGCGGAGAAAGGCGACGCGGCGGGAGUUCUUUGCCCGCCGCCGAGGCUCGGGCAGUUCUACGAUUUCUUCUCGUUCUCUCACCUUACUCCGCCAAUUCAAUACAUUAGGAGAUCUACUCGUCCAUUUCUUGAGGAAAAAACAAAAGACGAGUUCUUUCAAAUUGAUGUCAGGGUUUGCAGUGGGAAGCCAACGACAAUUGUUGCUUCACGUAAAGGGUUUUAUCCUGCUGGAAAACCCACUCUUUUGGGUCACUCUUUGGUUGGUUUGCUGCAACAGAUCAGCCGAAUUUUUGAUGCUGCUUACAAAGCUCUCAUGAAAGCUUACACUGACCACAAUAAGUUUGGGAACCUUCCUUACGGUUUUCGAGCAAACACAUGGGUUGUCCCUCCAAUUGUAGCUGACAGCCCAUGUACAUUUCCCCCACUUCCUGUGGAAGACGAAAACUGGGAAGGAAGUGGGGGUGGGCAAGGACGAGAUGGUAAACAUGAUUACAGGCAGUGGGCAAAGGAGUUUGCGAUCCUAGCAACAAUGCCUUGUAAAACCCCAGAAGAAAGGCAAAUCCGCGAUAGGAAGGCCUUUGUACUUCACAGUUUAUUUGUCGACGUUUCAGUCUUUAAAGCUGUUGCAGCCAUCAGACAUCUAAUUGACAACAGCCACAACUCACCUAAAGAUUCGGCUGAUUCAAUUUCACAUGACGAACGAAUUGGAGAUUUACAUAUUAGGGUGGCAAAAGAUGUGCCUGAUGCGAGCACAAAGUUGGAUGGUAAGAAUGACGGAAGUCGGGUUCUUGGAAUGUCACAAGAGGAGCUUGCUAAGAGAAACUUGCUCAAAGGGAUAACUGCAGAUGAGAGUGCAACUGUUCAGGAUACCUCCACUCUUGGUGUGGUAGUUGUAAGACACUGUGGCUACACUGCUGUUGUGAAAGUUGUGGCUGAGGUAAAUUGGGAGGGCAGGGCUGUCCCUCAAGAUAUUGAAAUCGAGGACCAACCUGAAGGAGGUGCGAAUGCGUUGAAUGUAAACAGCUUGAGAAUGCUACUGCACAAGCCAUCCACACCUCAAUCAUCUACUGGAGUUCAAAAAUUACAGAGUGCAGAUUUUGAAGAUUUAAGUCCUGCCAGAUCAUUGGUUAGGAGAGUGCUAGGUGACAGUUUGCUUAAGCUACAGGCUGAAACCAGUAAACACACAAGAUCUAUCAGAUGGGAGCUGGGAGCAUGUUGGGUGCAGCACUUGCAAAGUCAGGCUUCUGGGAAACCCGAUCCUAAGAAAACUGAAGAAGUGAAGGUUGAGCCAGCUGUGAAGGGUCUUGGAAAGCAAGGUGGAUUGCUAAAGGAAAUCAAGAGGAAAACAGAAGACAAAAACAGCAAAAUUAAGCAGGGAAAAGAAGUUGCUGUGAACGGCCUUGGCAUGGAUAAAAAAUUGGAUGCCGCUGAUCAAAGGGAUGUAGAAAAACAAGACGAGGCAAUACAAAUGAUAUGGAAAAAGCUACUACCUGAAGCAGCAUAUUUGCGCCUUAAAGAAUCAGAAACUGGCCUUCAUCUUAAGUCGCCUGAUGAGUUGAUUGAGAUGUCACAUAAGUAUUAUACAGAUACUGCAAUCCCGAAACUGGUGGCAGAUUUUGGUUCACUUGAACUUUCACCAGUUGACGGAAGGACAUUGACUGAUUUUAUGCAUACCAGGGGUUUGCGUAUGUGUUCCUUGGGCCUUGUGGUUGAACUUGCGGACAAGCUCCCUCACGUGCAAUCACUAUGUUUGCAUGAGAUGGUUGUUCGAGCCUACAAACAUAUAUUGCAUGCUGUUGUAGCAGCAGUAACCAAUGUUGCUGACCUGGCUGGAUCAGUAGCAUCAUGUUUAAACACUUUGCUGGGAAAACCCUCCGCAGAAAACCUUGACGCAGACAUCACUAAUGACGAUAACUUGAAAUGGAGGUGGGUGGAAACCUUCCUUCUGAAGAGGUUUGGAUGGCAUUGGAAAUCUGAAAUCGAACAGGAUCUCAGAAAGUUUUCAAUUCUUCGUGGGCUUUGCUACAAGGUUGGACUUGAGCUUCUCCCCAGAGAUUAUGAUAUGGAUUCCGCAACCCCUUUCAAAAAGUCAGACAUUAUAAGCAUGGUUCCGGUAUACAAGCACGUUGCGUGCUCAUCUGCGGAUGGGCGUACACUGUUGGAAUCAUCCAAAACUUCACUGGACAAAGGCAAACUGGAGGAUGCUGUUAAUUACGGCACUAAGGCACUCUCAAAGCUUGUGUCAGUCUGUGGCCCUUAUCAUCGAAUGACAGCAGGGGCAUAUAGUCUUUUGGCCGUAGUGCUCUACCAUACUGGGGAUUUUAAUCAGGCUACCACCUAUCAGCAAAAAGCUUUGGAUAUCAAUGAGAGAGAACUUGGACUCGAUCAUCCAGAUACAAUGAAGAGUUAUGGUGACCUAGCUGUUUUUUACUAUCGGCUCCAGCACACAGAACUGGCCUUGAAGUAUGUAAAUCGUGCAUUGUAUCUUUUGCAUCUUACAUGCGGACCUUCUCAUCCAAAUACUGCUGCCACAUAUAUUAAUGUAGCAAUGAUGGAAGAAGGUUUGGGAAAUGUUCAUGUUGCCCUUAGAUACCUCCAUGAGGCUCUGAAGUGUAACAAAAGGCUACUCGGAGCUGAUCAUAUCCAAACUGCUGCCAGCUAUCAUGCUAUUGCCAUUGCUCUAUCGUUAAUGGAGGCCUACUCCUUGAGCGUUCAGCAUGAACAAACCACACUACAGAUUCUGCAGGCAAAACUCGGAUCAGAUGAUCUACGCACGCAGGAUGCGGCUGCAUGGCUCGAAUACUUUGAGUCGAAGGCUCUGGAGCAGCAAGAGGCUGCACGCAAUGGUACUCCAAAGCCAGAUGCUUCUAUCUCCAGCAAAGGUCAUUUGAGUGUGUCGGACCUAUUGGAUUAUAUAGCUCCAGAUGCAGAUGUGAAAGCAAGAGAAGCGCAAAAGAAGCAAGCUCGUGCAAAGCUUAAAGGCAAACCAGGUCAAAUCUGGGAAACAAUCACAGAUGGAUAUCAGAAGGAAGAAAUAUUAUCACCUGAUAAUCUUGUUUCAGAAAACUCUAGUGAUAAAGAGAACAAAUCUGGAACUGAGAACAAAUCUGAACCUCCGUUCGCAGAAUCUAAAGAUGUGAAACUUGAUUUAAUCCUAGUGGAUCGGAUGGCAAAGAACCAAAAUGAUGACAUUGUCCAAGAUGAAGUGGCUGAUGAAGGAUGGCAAGAAGCUUUUCCAAAAGGUCGCUCGACUACAAAUCGCAAGUCUUCUAGUUCAAUGAGACCCAGCUUGGCGAAAUUGAGUACCAACUUCAUGAACGUUUCCCAGUCCACAAAAUACCGUGGGAAACAGAAUAAUUUAACUUCUCCAAAGAUGCUGUCAAAUGACUCCACUUCUCCUGUUCAGAAGAAGUUUGUUAAAAGUGCAAGCUUCAGUCCAAAGUUAAUCGCACCAGCUACUGGGACUGAAAAAUCUGUUGACAUGAAGUCAGCCCCAUCUAGUCCAGCUUCAACUGAUCAAGCUGUGAAGUCUGCUCCAUUAGUAAGUUCAAUCAGCAUUCAGGCGGCUGGAAAACUUUUCUCCUACAAAGAAGUUGCUUUGGCUCCUCCUGGUACUAUUGUGAAGGCAGUUGCGGAGCAUUUGCCUAAGGAAAAUUCCAAUGUGGGACCCAUUUCUCAAGGGAGCAAAGAGAUGGUUGUGCCAGAAGCAAUUCAGGCUGCGGAAAAAGACAAAGUUGAGAAACCCAUUGAAGAGAAACUUCCUCUGGAUUCUGAUGAGGAAAAGAAAUGUCCUGUCAGUGCAGAGGAAGAAACAAAAGUUGAGGGUGCUGUGCCAACAGAAGCCUCAGAAGGGUUGAAGUGUCCAGCCAUUGAAGACAGAGUUGAAGAGGUAAAGGACGUGGUUGUAAAAGGCGAAGAAGUAGAAUCUGAAGUGGUGGUUGCUGUUUUGGGAGUUGAGGAUUCUAGUUCUUCCCGUGAUUCAAACAUUACUUGUUCCAAAAGUGAAGAGUUGGUAACAGUUGAAGUUUUAACUGGAAGCGAAACUUCUUUACCAGAAAAAGAUGGCUCCGUUAGAAAACAUAACAUAUCCGAAAAAGAUGAAACUUUGCACAAUCAACUGAUAGAAAAUGGAAAUGUUAUUCCCUUGGUAACUGAAGCAGAAAACCAAGAGUGCACAAGUUCCAGUCCCUUGGCAUCUGAAGCGGAAAAGCAACACGAGGCAGAAACAGGAAAAGAUGCAAGCAAAAAAUUAUCCGCGGCUGCACCUCCCUACAACCCAUCCACAAUUCCAGUGUUUGGAUCAGUUCCAAUGGUGGGCUUCAGUGAUCAUGUGGGGAUAUUGCCCCCACCUGUGAAUAUUCCUCCAAUGGUUGCAGUAAAUCCUGUUCGUAGAUCACCCCAUCAUUCAGCUACAGCUAGGGUUCCGUUUGGUCCUCGGCUCUCUGGCGGAUAUAAUAGAUCGGGAAAUCGGGUCUCACGUAGCAAGCACAAUGGGGAGGGGACCCCUUUCAGCCCUCCAAGAAUAAUGAACCCACAUGCUGCUGAAUUUGUACCUGGCCACCCAUGGGUUCCUAAUGGCCUCUACCCAGUCUCUCCGAAUGGUUACUUAGCUUCCUCAAAUGGUAUUCCAGUGUCCCCAAACGGGUAUCCCUUAUCCCCAAACGCUACUCCAGGGUCACCAAAUGGGUUUCAACCAUCCUCGAAUGGUGUUCCAAUGACACAAAAUGGGUUUCCAGUCUCUCCAGUCAGUCCAGUAGAAUCUCCGACGGUUUUAACUGUUGAAAUUAGGGAUGAAAAUGAAACCCAAGUUGUAGCAGAGGAUAAUACCGAAAAAUCUCCGGUCGAUGUUGGAAAUUCAAAUGAGUCAAUUGAAGAGAAAGCCUCUGAAGUUCAAUGUCCAGACAAUGAAGAAUGUAGGCCCGAAACUGAAGAAAACCCUGGAGAUCCGGAUGUGGUGGUUGGAGAUGUGGUUGAGGAAAAUGGAAGUAGUGACAAAUUAGAAGUCGAGAAAAAGCCAAACAAGUGCUGGGGAGAUUACAGUGACAGUGAAGCUGAGGUUGUUGAGGUUACAAGCUGAACUAAGAUUUUGAUGCUCCAAAAGUUUUUGAUUGAAAUGGACAUAGCCCAGUGGCAUUUGACUCCUAGAGAGGCGAAAGCAACAAUUGGAAUUCUGUGCAACAGUUAGUGAGUUAUAUUAACUCCUCUUCUUUCAGAGCCUAUUGUGACAACAGUGGUUAAUCCUUGUGAUCAUGCAAGGUGAGCAGUUGAUGCAGUUUGCGGACAUGAUUUAUGUUUGUAACAGAAAGGAAUGUGAGAACAUAACUGAGAAUCUUUUAGAACGGGUGGCUGAAGUGGUGGUGCAUGGAAGAUAUCUACAUGCAUCUCUGCUUGAGUUUUGUUGGUUGUCAAGUGCAACGAGAACCCCGAGGUAUUUGUACUAUUCAAGCAGUACUUUUGAACGAUGAUUCUGCAUGAAAACGAGAAUUUCUUUUCCGAGGUAGUUUGUCUUUUCUAUAUUUGAAGCAAAAUGUUGGUGUAAUAAUGUUGAUUGUACAAUUUCUGUACAUUUCGAAUAAUCUAAUAAGCAUACUGGUUGAACAGAA